GCGUAAUGCCGCACGACGGGCCAGAAUGUGAUACAAGCGAAGAGAAACAUCAUACUGACUGCGGAUAUUCCUGGGUGCAACGUGUUUAGAUUGAGUGAAGAAUGCCCAGCAAUUUGACUGGCGGCAUAGUCAGCACCGCGGUCGGCUCCGAUGAUGUCCCAUUCGAUGCACACAUUGAGCUCCUCUGUGCUCACUCUCCCCACUUUGACGAAGCUCUUGACGACCGCUUCGAGGUAGUAGGUGCUCUACGACUGUCGCUCGAGGAAGAUGGCUGUUUGCGUGUAUGCCCGUAAC